CCUGUUCUUUUUUUUCUAAUUUAACGCGAGAGCGUACACGGGAACCCGAGGACUCCAGAACGAGAGAGAGGCAGCCUAACCCCAGAUCUCCUCGAGCGAAUCGAUCCGCGCAGGCGAUCUCCUCUGAUCCUCCAAAUCCCUGUCGGAUCCCCACCCCUGCCUCCGAUCCCGUUCCUCCGCCGCCGGGCCGAGGCGGAACCCUAGGUCCCUCCCCGCCAGCGCCCCUGCCCUCCGCCAUCGGGCUUCCGCUUUACCGCUCCAGAUCCUUUCAUGAGAAGCGAUUCUUGGUGCGAAUGAUGCCGGAGAUCGUCGUUCCGCCGGAGAGGAGCUCGCUAUCUCGCCGACGAGCUCCCGGUCGGUGACGCAGACCAUGAACGGGUCCCACAAGUUCGUGAUUCAGGGGUACUCCCUGGCCAAGGGGAUGGGGUGGGGAAGCACAUCGCCAGCGAUACGUUCACGGUGGGAGGGUUCCAGUGGGCGAUCUACUUCUACCCCGAUGGGAAGAAUCCGAGGACAAUUCGACUUAUGUCUCGGUCUUCAUCGCUUGGGAGCGAAGGCACGACGUGAGAAGCCCUCUUCGAGCUGACCCUCGUGGACCAGAGCGGGAAGGGGAAGCACAAGGUCCACAGCCACUUCGAUCGGUCGCUGGAGAGCGGACCGUAUACCCUCAAGUACCGGGGGAGCAUGUGGGGUUAUAAGCGCUUUUUCGGACGAACUGCACUUGAAACAUCAGUGUACCUCAAAGAUGAUUGCUUGAAAGUUCAAUGUGCACCGUGUGGUGUUGUGGUGUCAGUUAUGGAUUCACCCAGAUUACACUCGAUACAGGUUCCAGAAUCUGAUAUAGGAAUGCAUUUUGGUAUGCUUCUGGAUAAGCAGGAAGGAUCUGAUGGUUUUGAUGUUGCUGGCGAGAAUUAUGCUCAUAAGUUGGUGUUAGCUGCUCGAUCCCCCAUGUUUAGAGCUCAGUUUUUGAUAGUUGGAUGUGAAGAGAGUGAGAUUGUUGUGACAGAUAUGGAGCCCAAGGUUUUUGAGGCGAUGCUCCUCAUAUAUAGAGAUACGUUUAUUGAAGAUGAUGCAUUGGUCGCAUCAAGUUCUCCUGAAUCUUCCAUGUCUGAUACUUUGGCUGGAAAAUUGUUAGCUGCAGCAGAUAAGUAUGGCUUGGAAAGGCUUCGAUUGAUGUGCGAGUCUUAUCUGUGCAAGGAUAUGUCUGUGGAUUCAGUUGCUAGCACCUUCAUUGGCUGAUCGUAUCAUGCUAUGGAACUCAAGGCUGCUUGUCUUAAAUUUGCUGCAGAA